AUGGCACGUGCCUCAACCAUUUUUCAGCUGGGGUCCUCACUUUCCCAAAGACCUCUCUCUUUCAGACACUCCUCCACCUGCUCUCCUCAUUGGCUGCAGACUGUGAGAACCUCCAGCAAACCCAGGACUCACACAUUCAUAUGGAGAUUAGAGAGUAUAAAUAGAGGAGAGAGUGAGAGAGAGCUCAGAACAGCUCAGAUCUUCUCCUCACAGAGAGCUAACCGAAGAAACACAGCCAUGGCUCCUACAAUCACUGCAUCAAUCAUCAACUCCAACCACCUUCUUCCACUUACUAAUAAGAUGAGAAAGCCGUUAGUGGAGAAGAUGCGUAGAGAACGCAUCAACAGCAGCAUCGAGAAGCUCAAGUCUCUGCUGGGUGGAGAAUUCCUAAAGCAACAGCCCGAUUCCAGACAGGAGAAAGCCGACAUCCUGGAGAUGACAGUUUAUUUCCUGAGACAGCAGCAGCAGCAGUCACACAAGAAGUCCAGCUGCUCCACUGCAGCUGAUGAAGGCUACAGCAGGUGUGUGCAGGAGGCCAUCAACUUCCUGUCUCAGUGUCAAGUACACACUCAGUCCCAGAGAAGACUGCUGAGCCACUUCCUCACCAUGCAGCCUUCCAUGGAGAAGAGCAGAAAUGUUCCUCAGCUCAGCUCUCCAGCCUACAAGAUCAGCAGCAAAGAGGAGACUCCAGGCUGCAGUGACCUCUGGAGACCCUGGUAGAGCCGCAUGGACACUUUACCAUUAGGAAACUAACUUACUAAUGCCACAUUGGCAUUAACUAUGUUUUCCUAAAUGUGUUAGAAUAUUUUUGUCCAAUUUUACAUGGACAGAAUAUGACAAGUUGCUUUCUUAUUGGAAAAGCAUUUGUUGAUUUUUUUUUUUCAUGUGCAACAUUUUUUACUAUGCAAGAAGAACUGCUGCAUAGUUCAUGGGUGUUCUUUUAUUUUUAUUUUUAUUGUUUUUACAUUGAAUGUAUAAGAAAAAGCUCAUAUUGAGUAACAAAUUACUGCAUUUGCAGUAUGUUUAGAAACUAACUUUUAAAUGUCACAUUGGCAUUUACUGUGGUGUCCGUAGUGUUCAGUUUUGCAUGUGCAAAAGUUGCUUUCAUUGCAAGAAAGCCUAUGUAGAUGUUUUCAGAAACUAUUCCAUUUUCUUCUAAUGCAAGAAGAGUGAUUACGUUCAUCAGGUUCUUUAGUGCUUUACUAAAACCCAUAUUGGGUGUAAAAUCUCUGCAGCAGUACCUUGCAGAUUGUUUGACUUUCAAGCAAAUUAAACAUUUGGAAGAAAAAUAAAAGUUCAAGAUUUUAUGAAUUUGCCAAAAAAUAAUGAAAAUAAAUUCUAAGAGUAUACUCAGUAUGGUCUCUGAAUGAUUUCCACCUGCCUGGUGAUAAAAAUAGGAAUUAAAUCGUUUUAAUAUUUGGAAGAAAUAAUAAAGAUUUUUGUUUAGAACAAGAAGUGUUUCCAUUAAACAGAUGUUUACAAGUAAAGAAUCUGUAACUAUUUAUAGAAGAAGAACCAUUUUUCACUGGUGCAUACUCUGAUAUCUUUCACAUUUAAAUGACUUUUGGUUUCUUUUAUUCUUCAUAAGUUUACACUGACACAAAAUUAUAAAUAUUUUAAUUUUUAGAAAAAUUAUUUUCAUUAUUUUUUUUUAAUUAAAACAAGAUUUAGAAGUGGUAAAUUAUCAACAAGGCUGCAUUGCAGGUUAUAAAGAGCAGUAAGUAUACAUUUUAAUUCAAAUCCUUAAACAAACCAUUUAACAACUUAAUUAUUCAAUAUUUUUCAAAAACAAAAUUGUAGUCAAUUAACAGAAGGGUCUGGGGGGGAGAACAUGCUUUAUUCACUUAUGAAUCUCAUGUAAGGGGCUGGCAUGUAAAAUCCAUGCCUACCUUACAUAUCUUAUUACUGCCUAAUUAUUUAAUCUCACUAGCAUAAAUCGUAGUGCCACGAUUGCAAGCAAAUGUGAAAUAGACUGAAACUACUUUGACACAAAUAACACAAAACACUGUCCUGAGAUGAUCUCCAGAUGUGGAGGAGUACAGUUUCAUUUCAUUUGUUGUGUUAAUACAAUCUGAGCUGAGUCAUUAAUCAUUAAACAAAAAUUGGACUAAG